ACCGCAUAAACGUAGGUAACGAAUCGGUAAAAACCUCCAAAAACAAUCCUGGCAGAGCUCGGAAAACGACCAGAUCAAACCUGCAGUAACGAAUCAAGCAAAAUUCUUCAAAAUCGAUCCUGGCAAAGCUUGGAAAAUAUUUUUCAGCAACACAAAAUACAAAAACGGCACUUUUUAACUAUCCGACGGUCGACAAUUGGCCACCGGCAGCAAACCAGUAGGGAAAGCGGAGAAAACUGAACUCCCUCGCGGACAUUACGACCGCCCGGGAUAGCCUAAGAGCCCGGGGGGAUCAGGGAAUGACGGGUUCGGCGAGAACGGCUACUCUUGCGCCCAGUACUCGGCCCGCUUAACCGGACCUUUUUAGACCAGACGAUACAGCCAAAAUAAAAAGCUCACAGUUUUAAGCCGAAAAUGUAUCCAUGGGACACGCCGUAAUUUCACGGCUUUUACUGAUUUUAUAAAAAACAUAAAACCUUUCAAAAAAACAUAUAAAAUAUGGACGACAUAUCUUGGAUUAGUGCAACCACCACAUGAAUCCAAUACGGAAUGUUCUAGAAGAUUCUAGAACGUUCUGGAAGGUUCGAGAACAAUCCUCGAACGCCCGCGAUUUAUUAAUUGACACUAUUGUCUACCCAACCUACGGGGAAUUCCUUACCCCCUGAACUUUAAACGCCACCGCUGCGAAUCUGGGUAUAUAAACCCCCGACGUUUAUCGUUCCUACAUCAUUCGACUACAAGAGAGCCAAGAACAAGCUCGUUCCGGAAUAGUCUAAGUGUUUCUGCUCGCGUCGUGUCUGGCCCUCCAUAGCCGGCACUUGGUUUGCGGAAUUUCGCCACUCUACCCAACUUCUCUUCCUUCACUUGAAUUACCGCCCGACGCCUUAGCCACAACUGGACAUCGCAGCACCAGCAGCCUGGAUCUACCUCCUGCUAGGACCAUCUUUCCAGCCGAGAUAGAGCCACACCAAUCGAAGGAGCCCUUUCUACAAUUGACGUCGCUCCCGGCCCGUCUGCAAUCCGAGACAACGCCGUCACUUACCUUCUCUUUACUUCUGGAAAAACCUCAUUCUAGAAAGAACCCAGGAUGGCCCACACGAACGAAAACAUCAUCAGAGCAGAGGCCAUUGUAAAAGACUGCUUCACUGCCUCGCUCCUAGCCGGAGAUCGGAACGGCAUCCGCGAGAGACUCUCCCGGAUUCUCCCAGCAGGAGCGUAUCCACUCUGCAACCUCCGGGGCGGAUAUGAUCCUACCCAAUCCGGGCCCUCCGGAUCUGGAUAUACAACCCGACAUCAACCCAUGAGACGCCGGGGAGCUCCAUAUGGAGCCAGACCUCCACCAUCCAUUCCGAUGGCUUAUCUCUCAGCCGCCCAACGAGACGAACUGCAACAACUGGAGCAAGAAAAAAGCAGACAAAUAUUGGCCCGGGCUGAAGCACGGGAAGCUGGCAGCUUCAUCGCUCAAGAGGAGCGCCGACUGGCUACCAUGGCGAAUAUCAACCUACAACAGGCCGAAUUGGACCGCCAAAAAGCGGCUCUCCAACGUCCACCAUCAUUCAUCCCUGGUAAACGAACUGCAUUCAGCCCAGGACAGCAAACGUCAUCACUGACCCCACAGAUUCCACUGCUAAAAAUUACAAUUCCGGCCACUUCAACUACGGACGCCGAAAGCCAACUCUUGGCAUCACCAAGCAAGGACGUUACAAUGAAAGACAAAACUUCUGAACGAUCCGAAGAACUUUUUGGCCCGAGUACACCAAUUACCGUUUCGGAUGAUGUAACACUCACAAAAUAACCAAAAAAUAAUAAAUGGCACUAUCAACAA